AUAACCACGUUGCACAUACACACAACAACAACCGUAUGACAUAAAACCCAGGGUGAGUCUGCAGAAUAUAGCUAGAGUGCGCUGUGUAAUCUGUAUAAGAUAAAAUAAGAUUUUUUAAGAAGCUAUCGUCAUUAUUGAAAAUGAAUAUCAUGCAUGCUUUCUGUUACUUAUGGGUUAUUCUAGCAGAAAUUCAAAAUGUGCACAGCUUUUUGUUUGAAAGUCCUCUGGAAAACCAACUUCAGCCUCGGACAUUUUUUCUGACACACAGUCAAGAACGGAAAAUAAUCAGCAGUGUCUUCUGUGAUGGUCGAGAUUGCCCAGAGUUUUCGGUAAUUAAAGACUACGCUUACUUCAUCCAGGAACGGAAAUACAGAGAAGCCACAUUUCUGGCUUCCGAUAAUCGUAUCCUGUGCGACUUGAAUGCUACUGUUGCAGCAGCCAAGGUUACAUUGGAGAAGUAUCGCAAUGGAGAUAACGUACAAGAGAGAAGGAUCUAUCCUGUUGCUCCACUUCUGGUGCAGAUCGAUUUGUUUUCGUCAAUCCAAACAAGUAAUCGGAGUUGUGGGAUGGGUUUCACAGUAAAGAUGUACAUUCCACCGUACUUGGGGAUACCGCCUCCCCCACUAACGACAUCCCUAAACUUUGUAACUUUACGAGAAGGAUUCACUGUGUUCGUUCACACUUACGCUGGUCCCCAUGAAGCUAGGCUGUUCUUGGAGCUGAAUGAUUUUCAAAACGCACUCAAAUACUUACAUCUGUGCUAUAAAUCUAUCAGGUUUUAUUUAGCUAUUUACGAGGUGACUGGAAAUGAAAAUGAUCAACGGAAUGAAAUUUGGUUGGAACGUUGUUGAAGUUGAUAUUUCCGGCAAGAAAAAGUUAUCGAAUAAGAAUUAUGUGAAAAUUAAGUAUUAUUCCCCUAACUAAUAAUAUUUUCUUAUGAAAGAAAAAAAACCUGAAAAGGAUAAAAUAGAAACUAUAACUGCUAUAAAAGUUUAGAUAAGUGUUUGCUUUACGUUGUAUUCCAGCAAUAGAUAAAAAUUUAACUUCAGAAAUAAAUUUUUGUUAGUACCUCGCA